CCAUUUCAGCGAUGGGAUCAAUUUCUUGAUGGGAGUGAACGAGGGAGAUUAUCAUCUGGGUUUUGUGGGUUUUUUAUUUAAAUGCCAUGUCUUCCUUUAUCUGGAUCUGAGACGUUAACGCACGCGCCGCUGAAUUCUGUCAUCUAUUUUAUACAGACGUUUUUUUUUAAAACUUUUUUGUGUAAUGGGAAUGGAGAAGUGGAAGGAAAGAGUGAGCAUGACGUCACUGGUUGUGUGGUUGAUCUUCGUGGUGCUUCCAUUUAAAUGUAUUUUUGCUAAUAUGGAAGGUGAUGCUCUACAUAGCCUUAGGACGAAUUUACAGGAUCCUAACAAUGUGCUACAAAGCUGGGACCCGACACUUGUCAACCCUUGCACAUGGUUCCAUGUCACCUGCAACAACGAUAAUAGUGUAAUAAGAGUUGAUCUUGGGAAUGCUGCUUUAUCAGGUCAAUUGGUACCACAGCUUGGCCUAUUGAAGAAUUUGCAGUACCUGGAGUUAUACAGCAAUAACAUAAGUGGGCCAAUACCUAGUGAUCUUGGAAACCUUACUAAUUUGGUGAGCCUCGAUUUGUACUUGAACACUUUCGCCGGUCCUAUUCCCGACACAUUGGGCAAGUUGUCCAAGCUACGUUUCCUGCGGCUAAACAAUAACAGCUUAGCGGGCCCCAUCCCUUUGUCGUUGACCAAUAUCUCAUCCCUUCAAGUUCUGGAUCUAUCGAACAACCGUCUCUCAGGUGCGGUUCCAGAUAAUGGUUCAUUUUCGUUAUUUACGCCUAUAAGUUUUGCAAAUAAUUUGGAUCUGUGUGGGCCCGUCACUGGGCGCCCGUGCCCUGGAUCUCCGCCAUUCUCUCCACCCCCUCCAUUUAUCCCACCGCCCCCAAUUUCUGCUCCAGGAGGAAGUAGUGCAACUGGAGCCAUUGCCGGAGGGGUUGCUGCUGGUGCAGCUCUGCUAUUUGCCGCCCCUGCCAUUGCAUUUGCUUGGUGGCGUCGGAGAAAACCACAAGAAUAUUUCUUCGAUGUUCCAGCUGAGGAGGACCCUGAAGUCCACUUAGGACAGCUCAAAAGAUUCUCUCUCCGAGAGUUACAAGUUGCAACCGAUAGUUUCAGUAAUAAAAACAUUUUGGGGAGAGGUGGAUUCGGUAAAGUAUACAAAGGUCGAUUAGCUGACGGCUCAUUGGUCGCUGUCAAAAGGCUUAAGGAGGAGAGGACACCUGGCGGAGAGCUUCAAUUCCAAACGGAGGUUGAGAUGAUAAGUAUGGCGGUGCACCGUAAUCUCCUGCGUCUGCGUGGGUUCUGUAUGACCCCUACCGAACGGUUGCUCGUUUAUCCUUACAUGGCUAACGGAAGUGUCGCAUCUUGUUUAAGAGAGCGUCCGCCGAAUGAAUUACCACUUGAUUGGCCAACUAGAAAGAGAAUUGCACUGGGGUCCGCUAGAGGAUUAUCUUAUUUGCACGACCAUUGUGACCCGAAGAUUAUUCACCGUGAUGUAAAAGCUGCGAAUAUAUUACUUGACGAAGAAUUCGAAGCAGUGGUUGGAGAUUUUGGAUUGGCUAAGCUCAUGGAUUAUAAAGACACUCAUGUUACUACAGCUGUGCGUGGCACUAUCGGACAUAUUGCCCCUGAAUAUCUUUCAACGGGAAAAUCUUCCGAAAAAACCGAUGUUUUUGGUUAUGGGAUUAUGCUUCUUGAGCUUAUAACUGGGCAAAGGGCAUUCGAUCUCGCACGCCUUGCAAAUGACGACGAUGUCAUGUUACUCGAUUGGGUGAAAGGGCUAUUGAAAGAGAAGAAAUUGGAAAUGUUGGUCGAUCCAGAUUUGCAGACGAAUUAUAUCGAGGGAGAAGUGGAGCAGUUGAUACAGGUGGCGCUUUUGUGUACGCAGAGUUCUCCGAUGGACCGGCCAAAAAUGUCGGAGGUGGUGAGAAUGUUGGAGGGUGACGGACUGGCGGAGAAAUGGGACGAGUGGCAGAAAGUGGAGGUGCUGCGGCAAGAGGUGGAAUUACUUGCUCCUCAUCACACCUCCGAGUGGAUUGUCGAUUCUACUGAAAAUUUACAUGCCGUUGAAUUAUCGGGUCCCAGAUGAUUUUUUUAAUUUUAAUUUUCUUUUUCGUCUUGUUUCCUAGUAGGUAAAAAAGAAAAAAAAAAUUAACAGAUUCAGAAAUUUGUGGUGAAUUGUAUUUGUUAUAUUUUGUGCAUAGGUUUUUGAAAAUCAUAGGAGCCGCCUUUCUUGAAAACGGGAAUCGUCGUAUUCUAACGAAAUUUUAAAUUUGCGAUAACGAUUCGAAUUAGAUUUUUUAUGGGUUAUGCAAUAGUUCAGAUUUCAAAUGAAAAUUACAGAGUUUGAAUUU